GUUGUUGACAAUCUAGUCGUGAGGGCGCAAAGUGGCGACUCUCUCGGGGGUCUCAUCCCAAAACUCAAAUUGUGCCCAAAGUGCACAGAAAUACGUAAUAAGAGUGUGUGCGCCAGUGAUUAGCAAUGUCCGUUGGCGAGGAGAUUGGCAGCAAAAUGAAUCACUUGACACUGAUUGAAGAGUUAUCAAUUGCCGGAACGGAUUCCAUACAAUUACAAUGCGUUGUGAAUCGAUAUUUGCAGGAUGUGACUGGUGCUCCAGUGGCCUUUCUUGUGCCACUCAUUCCCACAAGUGAUGAGGGUCUUUUACAAGUGGUUGGCGGAAAAGUUUUGGAUAAAGAAAUUCGAUUUUCGGUAACAUCAGAUGAUGUUAAUAAAGUAACCAAGAAUGGAUUUUCAUUCCUAGUCAACGAGAAACACAACGAAUUUCUGGAAAUGAUCGAAAAGACUAUUGGGAAGGAACAGAACAUCUUAUUGUUUGACAUUAAGCAUCCUCAGAAAAGUCCAGGAAGUGGUAACCAUCACGUUGCUCUUUUUGUCAGUCUGGUCAUUGAAGAUAAGAGCACCACAGUGAAGCGUGAAGAUUACGAGAAAAUCAUUCAAGAGGUGUUUAGAUACACUCUGGGUCAUUUGUUGACAGCUUUUGAGUUAUUUGAGGAAAAGCGAGUACGGGACCAGUGCCAAAAUCUUCUCAGAGUCGCUCGACGCUUAUUGGGAAAAAUCGGUGAUUUGGGAAAACUCAUGCGAGGCGUGAUGGCAGAGGCGAAGGACUUAGCGAAUGCUGAGCGUUGUUCUCUGUUUUUGAUUGAUAAGUAUACUGGCGAGCUCGUAUCGAAAGUGUUUGAUGGAAAUGAAGCCACCGAGGAGUUACGGAUUGAGAAUGGCCAAGGAAUUGCUGGACAUGUGGCGAAUACGGGAAAACUGCUCAACAUUCGCAAUGCCUACCAACAUCCACUCUUCUACAAGGGUGUUGAUGAAUUGACGGGUUUUAAAACCAGGAGUAUUCUCUGUUUUCCCAUUUGUGACGAGGAAAAUAUCAUCGGAGUCGCUCAAUUGUGCAACAAGGCGAAUGGCUUUCAUUUUGACAAAUGCGAUGAAGAAAUUGCCACAGCAUUCUCCAUCUACUGUGGCAUCAGUAUCAUGCAUGCUCUGGUUCAUGAACGUGUUCAGAAGGCGGAAGCGCGCCACAAGCUAUCCCAGGAACUUCUUCUUCACCACAUGAAGGUACCUGAAGAUGAUGUUCAGUCGAUUCUUCUGGACAUGCAAAACUUUGGAAAUAAGAUAGACGCGUGUGCGUUCUCCUCCUUCGACUACUGCCCACGCGAUAUCGAGAGAAUCUCAUCCGUUUACAUGUCCUUUCAAAUGUUCAGCGAUUUGGGACUUGUGCAGAAGUUCAAGAUACCUAAAGAUAAGUUAUUGAGAUUUCUGCUGCUCGUGCAGAAGGGCUACAGAGACAUGCCGUAUCACAACUGGACACACGCCUUCUCCGUCACCCACUUUGGCUUUUGCCUGUUGAAAAAUCUCCAACUCAUCGAACGUGGAAUGGUGACGGAUUUGCAAGCUCUGGCAUUCCUGGUGGCAUGCCUGUGUCACGAUUUGGAUCAUCGUGGAACUAAUAACUCGUACCAGAAACACUCAAGAAGUUCCCUCGCGAAGUUAUACAGUUCUGAGGGUAGCGUGAAUGAGCGACAUCAUCUUUCCCAAGCGAUUUGCAUUCUAAAUGACGCCAAUUGCAAGAUACUCGAUUCACUCGACAAUCAUCAAUUCAAGGAGUGCAUCGAUGUGAUUGGAGAAUUGAUAUUAGCCACGGAUUUGGCACAGCAUUUUCGCAUCAUCAGCAAUUUGCGCCAAUUAACAAUGGAGAAUCUCAAAUUGAAGCCAAUGCUCUUCCUCUCCCUCCUGAUGACGUGCUGUGAUUUGAGUGACCAAGUCAAGCCUUGGCCCACCACGCAGUUUGUGGCGGAGUUGGUGUAUGCAGAAUUCUUCGCUCAGGGCGAUUUGGAGAAGGAGAUGGGUCUGUCACCCAAAGAGAUGAUGGAUCGCCAGAAGGCGUGCAUUCCAGAAUUGCAAAUCGAAUUUAUCACCACUGUGGUGAGACCAACUUUUGAAAUUCUUGCCCAUAUCUUCCCAGAAAUAACACCUUGUCUUGACACUAUUGACGACAACCGCCGAAAUUGGGUAAUGCUGCGAGAACAGCAACCAUACUAUAAUUGUAUCACACCAUGAGGCGAAGCUUUUAGAAACAAUUUUACAUAUGUGUGAAAAUUUACAGUGCAUGAAAGUGUACAGAAAGAAAAUUUUGGGACGCAAUUUUCAGCAUACAAAUCAUUUUUCUUUUUACACAUUAUAUAUUUCUUUAUGUCUUUCAUUAUUACUUACUAUAUAAACACUGCACUACUACUAAUUAAAAAAAAAUCUGUAUUAUAUUUAUCAUAAAAUCUCUCUGCGGGAUAAGAUGCGGAUUUAUCAAAGACGUAAUAUAUGUGAAAUUAGGUUUCAAGUAAAGCGAAUUUUCUGAGAAAUAAAAUUGUAAAAGUAUUGUGAUAAAAUAUAUAUUUUUGAUCUUGAAGAAAUUAAACAUUUAAUUUUAAUGAAAACGCUGAUAAUAGUUGGAUUUCUCAUUCUUUUCAAACUCAAGAACUUCAUGAUUAAAAAAAAUCGUUACCCUUUAGGGCCAACAAGGUUCUGAACUAAACUACUUUCUUUGUAAAUCUGUAUAUCUUUUUAAUGAACAAAUAUAUUUCUGAUUCGGUCCUAAAGGGUGAAUAACGAAAUUCAAAAAUUCAAUAAUUAGAUAAUUUCUUCGAAUACCAAAUACUUAAAUGACCUAAUUUUUACAAAUAAAUCAAUUAAAUCAAUCGUAGAUAAAUAAUUACGGUGAAUGUCACAAUUCUAAAGGUUCGAAUAAUAAAGUUAGUAUCAAUUUAAACUUUGAUCAAUAUUCGCAAUUAUAUAUAUAUGUAUAUCACAAUUAAAAACCUAUAAUAUCAGAAUAGAGAAUAAAUGUUUAGUCGUGCAGUUGAGAUUUAGUUGCAGAAUCAAUUAGUACAAAAAGUGUCAAAA